ACGAUUCGGGGGUGUCAUCGGGGGUGUAAUGGGGGGUGCCAUCGGGGGUGUAAUGGGGAGAUAUCGGGGGUGUAAUUUUUAACCAAUAAGGUUCGAAAUGACUUUGAAUUUCAACCAAUUACGUAAAAAUGCAGCGUUUAAUUUCUGCUGCUCCUCAAGUCUUCUACCGAAUUCUUUCUUUUCUCUCGUCGCUUUCUCAAGUGGUUGCAGCUUCUUCAGAUUUCUUCUGCUUGUCUUCCCCAAGUCUUGUUAAGUAUUCUUUUUCUUACUCUUUUCGAUUUUUCUUGUGGUGCAAUAUGGCUGGUAUGAAUGUGACAUAUGAGGAAUCCCUUAAGUUGAUGUUUUUUUUCGAUUUGAAACGUUUGGGAGCGAAAGCGUGUGUAGAAUGGUGUAUGAAAAUGGGUUUAAUUGCUGAUGGACGGAAGUGUGCUGAAUGCGGGCAGGGUAUGAAUUUAACAGAAAGGAAAGAUCUGGGGGAUGGGGUUAAUUGGGUUUGUCGAAGGCAAGGGCAUUAUUGCAAAGUAAGUAUUCGGGCAAAUUCGUGGUUUGCAAAUUCUAGGAUGGAUCUGUCUACAGUUUUAUUGGCGACGGCCAUGUGGGUGAAGGGUUGUACCCAUUCAUUUAUUAUGGAAGAGGCCGAUAUCGCCAGGCAAACCACGACAGACUGGAUGAGUUUUUGUAGGGAGGUAUGUGUUUGUAUGCUUGUGAAUGAAAGUGUUAAACUUGGGGGGCAGGGUAAAAUUGUUGAGAUUGACGAAUCAAAAUUUGGGAAACGGAAGUAUAAUAAGGGAAAGAUGGUUGAGGGUGCAUGGGUUUUUGGGGGUGUUGAAAGGUAUUCGAACAAAUGUUUUAUGACUGUGGUACAGGAUCGCACAAGUGAAACUUUGCUUUCGGUACUGAAAGAAUGGGUUAUUCCGGGUUCCACAGUAAUGUCUGACUGCUGGAAGUCGUACGAUUGUCUCUCAGAAGAGGGAUUUGUGCACCUGACAGUCAAUCAUAGUCUUACAUUUAAGGACCCGGAUACAGGUGCCCACACGAAUUCAAUCGAGGGGACUUGGGCAGCAUGCAAGAGAUCUCUGAAAGGAACGAGAAGAGUGAAAGACGGUAUGGACGGCUAUUUAGCUGAAUACAUUUGGAGGCGGUGUCACCGGUCCGGGGUUAAAUCCACUACCCGGCAGUUCUUCGAAUCAAUAAUAAAAGUGUACCCGCCUAACAAAGAAAUUGAAAAGGAUGAAUAGCUGCCAUACCGACGAAAUUCACAUGGUUACAACGGGUGAGUUUUAAAAAAUUGCAUUUUAUAAUUUAACACUGUUCAAAUUGUGCAAUUUUUAAUUAUUUUUAUUUUCUGUAAAUAUUAAUGAGAAACGUUAAUUUUUCAUUUUUAUGAUACUUCUUAUACUAAUUAUUUUUAAUUUUUAUAAAUACUUCUUUUUGUAUACUUCAUGACAAAUUUUUAUCCGCUGUAAUUCUUCAGAAAAAAAAAAUCUGAACACAAUUCUUAAGAUUACUGCGUCCGCUGGCUUUGGCGAGAAAAAUUUGGCGCCAAAUCGCCAAAAGGUACCGCUACCUAGAACUGUCCCAGCA